AGUUACUGCGCAGUGCAGUGCAUAAGGACGUGGAACAGGCGAGCAAGCUACGAUCCGCAAAGUUGUCGAGAGACAUUGCGUUGAAAUUGGAUUGGAGGUCGAACUUGAUUAGGGGACAAAUUACGACAUCAUCCAAGAAUAAAGAGAUAUUCUCGAAGUCGAAGUGUUUUGGAUGGACACUGUCGAGGAAGUGAGCAAUUGAGAAGGAUAACUUCCGAGUACCUACGAACCCCGGCUACGAACCUGUCUGCGAUUACAUUCUUCAUCAUCAUCGUAUGUGCGCUUUAUGAGUGCAUGCCGUGUUACCGAACAUUGGUCUCACAAUCCCCGACUCUUUGGCUUUCUCCAGUUUGGAGCAUCUUCAAAAGAAGAUAUUUUAUGGAUUAUCUCGGAAUAAUGAACUGAUUUGAAGACAUGUAAACGAGUUAUUGGUGUACACUAGCGACCAAUUACGUAGUUUCAAGACUAAAACUGUUCUAGAAACAGUGACAAACAGCAUUUUAGUAUGGCUUCUUGGAGGACUUGCACAACUUUUGCCGUGUUCACAUUAGUGGUACUGUGUGUCUGGUGUGAUGUCGCAGAGGGUCUUUAUACACAUCAGUUCGCCCUGAUCGUACGGGGUGGACGAAGCACAGCGGACCGUCUAUCGGAGAAAUAUGGCUACAUUAACCACGGACAGAUUGGAAGCUUAGAAGACCACUACAUGUUUAGUCACCAGAAAGUCUUCAAGCGGUCUACCAUGGCCAGCACAGGGGCACAUACAAAUAUUGCAGACGAGCCUGAGGUGGAAUGGUUUGAGCAGCAAGUAUUACGGAAGAGAGUGAAACGAGACAGCACCCACUUACACCUGUUCACCGACUCCCUCUGGUCUGACCAGUGGUACAUGGAUGGAAACUUCACCGGAGAUUCCAGACCGACUGCGAGUAUGAACAUCCAGCAAGCCUGGGAUAUGGGUUACACCGGUGCUGGUAUCGUCAUCACCAUCAUGGACGAUGGAUUGGAAUAUACCCAUACAGACAUCAGGAAUAAUUAUGAUUCCGAGGCCAGUUAUGAUUUUGUUUCACGUGAUGCAGACCCUAUUCCAGUGUAUAUACCAAUGAAGGAAGAUAACAUGCAUGGUACUCGUUGUGCUGGUGAAAUUGUGAUGCAGCCAAACAACAGCAAAUGUGGUGUCGGAAUUGCAUUUGGUGCACAGAUUGGAGGUAUCCGAAUGCUUGAUCUUAUGAUUACGGAUGAGAUGGAAGGUUCAUCGUUGUCCUUCAACCUUCAGCAUGUUGAUAUUUACAGCGCUUCCUGGGGCCCCGACGACGGAGGCUACACCGUCGAAGGACCAGCCGAGAUAACUCAGACUGCAAUGAGAACCGGAGUUGCAAACGGAAGAGAUGGUAAGGGUUCCAUAUUCGUGUGGGCCUCAGGGAACGGUGGGGCAGACCAUGAUGAUUGCAAUGCCGAUGGCUACGCCAACAGCAUCUACACCCUGGUGGUGAGUAGCACCACAGAGAAUCAAGACAGACCGUUCUACUCCGAGCAUUGUUCUGCAAGCCUGGCAUCCACCUAUAGCAGUGGAAACAAAAAUCAAAAGAUGGUGGUGACGACUGAUUUACACAAUCAAUGUAUUGGAAACUUCAGUGGAACAUCAGCAUCUGCACCUAUGGCUGCUGGCAUCAUCUCUUUAGCCCUUCAAGCCAAUGGUAACUUAACCUGGCGUGAUGUGCAGUACUUGGUUGUCAUCACAUCAAAGCGCCACCAGUUGUCAGGAGAGUGGACAACAAACGGCGCAGGCUAUGAAGCGAGUCACUGGUUUGGCUUUGGGUUGAUGAAUGCUGCCGCGAUGGUGGAGAAAGCCAAGACCUGGGAGACUCUACCUGAGCAGUUGACAUGCUCCAAGUUUGCAGACAACGUAGAUCAAAGUUAUUUGGAAAUGUUUAGCUCUUUCAUCAGGAGACAGAAAAACUACAACUCUGAACUUGAAGUCACAAGCUGCACAGAUCCUUUCCAAGGGGGAGCCAUCCAGCACCUGGAGCAUGUCCAAUUGACCCUCCAGCUCAAUGCCAGGAGGCGUGGGGACGUGGUGGUCAAGCUGACCUCCCCAUCAGGUACCACCAGCACCCUGCUCAGCCAACGCUUCAAGGACCGAUCCAGAAUUGGCUUCAAACGCUGGACUCUCAUGAGCGUUCAUUUCUGGGGAGAGAGCCCUAUCGGAACAUGGCGCAUUCAAAUUGGAAAUGGCGAAUACAACGCACUGAAUGUAAGGAUGGUGAGGCUCACCCUGCGUGGAACGGAAAGCCUACCCGCUUCUCUUCUCCCUUCUCCAGACACAACCACCAUGGCCCCCCAUGAAGAAGAAACGGAGGAACAAGAAGGAGAAGGGGCAGGAGAAGUCAUCCGGCGGCCUGGGCGGCCUGAGCUGCAAUCCACUCCCGGCCGCGGUCGACAUGUUUCUCCCUUGAGGGUCGUUUCGGAGACCCUUCAGCGAGACGUCCGUGCUGCCUCCUCCAGCUCUCUGUCGUGGGACUCCAGCUGGUGGUGGAGUAGUUCUGAUUGGGAAUCUUUCCAAGAAUGUCAUGAGGAAUGUCUCUACGGCUGCUCUGGUCCCAAUGCUGAUGAAUGCUACAAAUGCAGGCACUACAAAGACAGAGAUACCUUGAAUUGUGUGCCUACUUGCCCAGAUGGCCAGUUCACCCCACCAGAGCUUCAUAUCCGCUGUGGAAGGUGCAGCGUCCAUUGUAAGACUUGCAGUGGCAACUCCAAAUAUCACUGCUUAUCUUGCGCCACCGGCCUCUUCCUCGGUGACAACAAUGAUUGCGUUCAAGCCUGUGAAACCGGUUACUACAAAGAUCCCUUUUUCCAGAUGUGUCGCCAGUGCUCGCCCCUGUGCAGAUCUUGCGAGGGGAACGAGAACCAGUGCACGUCGUGUAUCGACGGGGCCGUCCUGCGUGGCUCGCAGUGCAUCACCCGGUGCAUGGAGAGCGAGUACAUGGUGGACGAGCGUUGCCAGUCCUGUCAUCCAUCUUGCUUCUCCUGUAACGGAGGCUUGGAGACCCAAUGCACAGCUUGUUAUAAUGACUAUGUCCAUAAGGACAUGAGAUGUGUCCUGCCCACUCAGUGUAGUGAAGGCUACUACAUUGUCAACAGCUUUGAUGCUGGAUCCAGGCAGUGCUUGAGAUGUCAUUCAACCUGUAAAGCUUGCCAGGGCCCUUCAUUCACAGACUGUGUGGAUUGUCAUCAAGGAUUCUUCUUGGUAGGAGGGGCAUGCCUGCAAACCUGCGAGAAUGGAAAAUUUCUUGAUAAUGGAAACUGCGAAUCAUGCAGCGAUGGAUGUGUUUUGUGUGCAGAUGAACACCAUUGUAUUCAAUGUGCCGCAUCAAAAGUCCUUCGUAGCGCCGUCAUUGAUGACGUCGCUGAUAGCAUCAUAUGCCGAGAGGGUUGUGAAGAUGGGAAGUACUCGAUGGGAGGGGAAUGUUUCCCCUGCCACUCGACCUGUGAGACUUGCAAUGGUGGCGGCAUCAUGGAUUGCACACAGUGUAAACAGUCUAUUGACAUGCCACUCAAGUAUCUGCUUGAAGGGGCUUGCGUGCACUACUGUCCAGCCGGCUAUUUCAAGUACGAUCGGGGAGAUAUCGCCCUCAUCCACACAUGUGAGCUGUGUGACGACAGCUGCAAAACAUGCACAGGAUACGGCAUUGAUGAGUGCACAGAGUGCGAAGAUGGAUUGAGCCGUGACAACGAGAACCAACGAUGCGUUGAACCCUCGGAUUUUGAAUGCACAGUACCUAAUUGUGAUAGCUGUUUAAAUGGUAUCGUAGAUGUGUGCCAGACUUGUGCGGAGAGUUACUAUCUUGAUAAUGCUGCUUGCGUGUUGUUGUGUCCACCUGGCAAGGUUGCUGUCCCACACACCAGACGAUGUGAGCUCUGCCACCCGACCUGCAGGACCUGUGAGGGAUCACCAGACACCUGCACCUCGUGCGACGAUGAGUACUUCUACGAUGACUUUGACAACCUCUGCCUGACGCAAUGCCCAGAGGACAUGUACGAUGAUGCGUUGAGAAAUUGCCAGGAUUGCGAUGACAAGUGCGCAUCCUGUGUGGGUGCGGGUCCUGAUAAUUGCAAAAUAUGCUACGAGAUGGACGAAUUCCUUUCAGGGACCUCGUGUGUUACGGAUUGUCCAGAAGGGCAGUACGGGGACGAGUACACGGGGACCUGCCGUAGCUGUCACCCGUCCUGCGUUACGUGUGCUGGGCCAGGUGACCAUGAGUGUAACUCAUGCUUGGCAAACUUUGAACUAGAACUUGGAUUCUGCAGGUCGUCUUGCACCGACAGUUCUUAUAAAGAUUCCAACGGAAACUGUCAGGUUUGCGACAAAUCCUGUCAGACAUGCACCGGGACUGGUCCCAACGAGUGCCUCUCCUGCAACUACUACAACUUUCUGGCCCCCACUAAGGCGUGCGUGACGGACUGCCCGGUGGACUACUACCCCGACUAUGAGAGCAACGUCUGCAGGAGAUGUGAUCCAUCCUGUAAGACCUGUCUGGACUCCGGGCCUGGGGACUGCAUCGAGUGUGCACCAGACACCUACAUGCUGCUGAGGAAUGGCCAGCUCUGUGUAGAAGAUUGUCCAGAAGGCUACUAUGACAGCGAAGAGCUGGGUUUCCGUGACUGUCGCCAGUGUUCCGUGGAGUGUCGGGACUGUGACGGUAGCUACCUGACCUGCAUCAGUUGCUAUGAUGGAACAUACCUCUUCCAAGGGCGAUGUUUCAGCACCUGUCCAAGUGGAUACAUUGAAGAUUCUGAGACCAAUCAUUGUAUACAGCACGCAAACAUCUGCCCUCUCUAUUGCGAUCAAUGUGAUGACUGGGGAGAUUGCACAGUCUGCCAGGGAUCCUACAUUGUCUACUUUGGGGAGUGCGUGAAUGAAGAUGACAUGGCAUGUUUAACAAACGAAUACAUCGUGAGUUUUACAAAUGAUGGGAAGGCAACUUGCGAAUCCUGCGAUCCAUCCUGCGGCACCUGCCUAGGGCCUGACAACACGGACUGCGUUACUUGUGCUAGCGCCCAACACCAUUUCCAGGGUAGCCGCUGUGUUCAGGAGUGUGAGGACACCAAAUUUAAAGACAAAGACUCGAAUGAAUGCUUUGAUUGUCAUCCGACUUGUCUCAAUUGCGAUGCUGGCUCCCCAUCUGAUUGCACAUCGUGCAUUGAGGGCAUGCAGCUGUCUGACCCUGUGCAUGGGCAUGGUAUGUGUCAGUUUGGUUGCCCUGAAGGACACUACCUGAAUAGCAAUGGAGAGUGUUUACCCUGUGGUAGUGAGAAUUGUUUCACCUGCUAUGGGCCAGAUGAAAGCCAGUGCCUUUCAUGCAAUCUGGGAUAUUUACGAACAGCAACUGGGGCUUGCUUGGAGAACUGCCCUCAGUAUACCUACGAGUAUCUGUUGGAGGAUGCCAUGGAAGGUAAUGAGUGUCGUCCGUGCCAUCAGAGCUGCAGUAGCUGUAAUGGACCGGGACCAAACUCCUGCACCAGCUGUCGUGAUGAAAUGGUCCUAGCUCGGGGAGAGUGCGGAUGGGAUUGUGAAGAAGGAUAUUAUCCAGAUACAGAAUUCCAAUGCCAGAGGUGCGACAAGACUUGCCAGACGUGUAUCGGAAUUGGAUCAGCCUGCACGUCAUGUCGUAUCGACCAGGUCCUUCUUGGGGCGACGUGUGUGGAUGAGUGUGGUGAUGGAUACUUCACCGUGCUAGAGAACGUCCCAGUAUGUCAUGAGUGUGAUGACCUGUGUUUGUCUUGUACUGAUUAUGGUCCAUUCGACUGCACUUCUUGUCAUCCCAACCAUGAACUGGACAAUGGAGUCUGUUACAAUAGAUGCGGGAGCGGAAGAUACUACAACAGAAAUGAAGGGGUACAAGAUAGUGCUACGUGUGGCUUGUGCGAUGCCAACUGUGCAGAAUGCUUUGGACCGGCCCCCGACCAGUGCAUUUCCUGCAAGGGGCUUCUACGACUCGAGAAAAUUGACCGUAAUAACUCCAGGUGCAUUCCAUGCUGCAAUGAUGUUCAAGAUAACGAGGAGUGCUGUGAGAGAUGCGAUGACCCUGACACACACAAGUGCCCCAAAGCUUACGUACACGACGCGCCGGCUGUAGUGGGAGGCGUGAAGAGGUAUCACAUCAGUACCAUCGUCUUCUGCGUGCUGUUAGUGAUCGUCCUGUUCUUUGCGGUCUUUGGUCUCCUGCAGGCCCGCUCGCACGGCAAACUCUGCUGGAGUCACAAGUACGCCAAGGUACCCUCCAUGAACUACAACAUCAAGGACAAAUAUGUCGCGCUUGGGAAGCCUGAUGAUGAUUACUACGAGGAGGAUAUCUAUGGAGAUGUGAGUGAUGAUGAGGAAGAGGACCUAGAGGAACCAGAUACUUUCCAGACUGUAGGCAUUACCUACCAAGGCCAGGACCGGAAUGGCGUGGUAGACCAUCUCUAAAAGGCCAGGUACUUGGUACCUCAUGGGACUUGAGAGCUGAAUAAAUGUAGUCUUAUGAAAUUGGCCUUUCCAACUGCUUCCAAGAAACCUUGUCCUGGACCGAUAGUUCUAUUCCCUAGCACUGCUGUAUUGAGAAGAUGUCUUUGAGUGUAUGGUGUUGUUGAUGAUGACUUGGACUAGUCUACUGGGCUGGACUAGUCUGGCACCAUCCAGACAGUGUUGAUUGAUGACAUUUGAUCCCCUUUAAUUACAAGUCUUCCAACAACCAUUAAUAAUAAGAUUGGGACACUUGGGGAGUCAUGAUUAUGAUUCGUCGUUGCAGCUAACCAAUCACCCCACCCGUGUCUGAAGGUUUGUGGUAAGUGUUGCUGAUAGCGUGACCAAUCUCGGAAUCAGCUUAAACAUGUGUUCUCUUUAUUGCAGUAUGCAAUUCCAUUCAUGCUUUACUUAAGAGAGUAACAGGAGAAAAGAUUUUGCAGCAGUUGGAAAUGCCCAUUUUAAUGCACAGAAGUUUUGUUGAAGGAAAAUAAAAAAAGGUGCCUUAUGUUGUAUAGAACAAUUAGAUUUUUAAGUCAGACAUUGUUCAUUUUUAAUUAAUAUUUAUCUACAUCUAUUAAGUUUGUGUGUAAUUCAUCAUUGUGCAGUACUGAAAGAUGUCACAUCAUUCUAAGUACUCUUUGCCUCAUUAGCUUUCAUCAUGCUUACCUCCCAAGCUGUUCAAGACAUUAUUAGGCCAUCUUAGUUAGAGACUGUACAGAAUUAUGUGCCAUAGCUGAGCAAAACAUAAUGACAUCUGUCUUUACCUGCAGAGCCAAAUAAGGCAAACAUGAGAAAAUAACAAUUUAACAUGAUCAUGCCUCAAGAGGGCAGCAAACACAAUAGCGCUAUUAAAGCUAUCCUACUGCAGACAAUACAGCUCUUACAUCUCUUGUCCUCUCUACAGUAAAUGUCCAUGUACACCAAUUGAUGAAUCAUUUGCUGAAAUUGUGUAUAAUAAUUGUAAAAUCAUAUCAUCAUGCUCUGUAAAGUAGUAUCAAAGCUGUCAUAUAUAAUUGUGAUGCAAGAAAUGGUACUAAAAAAUAAACAGUUCCUUGAAUGCUACAUUAUUCAUGAGACCUUAUGUCUAGCGAAUUUCAUGCCUGUGUUUUUAUCUUCUCCGUUUUACUAAUAACAUCAUGACUAGAAAGGGGACUGGGUUUCUACACCAGCACAGUUUGCAGCACGUUUUGUGUUUUCAAACUAUGAAAAAAGUGGAAAAUACGAUUUAAUUGUUGCCAAAUGGGGAGGGAAAACUGAUUAAUUUAGAAAAUAAGGAAACUUUUAACUGCUAAGGGUUAAAGGUGACGGUCAUCUAUAAAGUGACCAGUGACCACACUCUUUGAAUGGUUAGAACAAAGGGGUCAGCUGCCCAAAAUUCUGGCAACAUAUUGGUUCUCAAUGGAAUGUAUGAAAUGGGGGUAUCAAUAGAUACUCUGUAAUACCAUUGCUCUACGUCUCAUUUCCAAUGUAUAUAUCUUUAAUCAA